GGGGAAGAUGGCAUCUCUAGCAUGUGGAGAAGAUCGCCGUUCCAGGAUCCAGACCAACUGUAUUCGGUUCGGAUGGCUUCAGGGCCUCGGCAUGCUGCAAGGGCUCGACCCCACCUAAGAACGUCAUUGAUAAACGCUCCUCCAUUUUUGCAUCAAUUUCCUAAACAAAAGGACAUUUUGAUUACAUUAAUUGCAUCUCAUUCACAACCACGGCACUCACUAUGUUGGAUAGAUUAAAUCCAUUUUCCGGUUCUUCAAUCACCAGCGAGGUAACCGAGCUUCGAAUCUACCCUAUAAAAUCAUGCCGGGGAAUAUCUAUCAAGAAGUCAUACCUUACAAAACAGGGGCUUGAUAUGGAUCGAAGAUGGAUGUUUGCGGAUGCAGAGACUCUAAAGUUCGUUACAAUUCGAGAUAUAUCAGAAAUGACCCUAAUUGAUACCGCCUUUGCAUCCACCUCCGACAGUUCUUCCUCAGCUCCAUCCCCUUUAUCACCUCAUGGCGGGGAAGAUGCCGAACAACUCGUUAUAUCCAUCCGUCACACAGAUAAGAAAGUCAUGGUUCCAGCACGGCCGACUGAUCAAUGGCUGCAGGGCAACACUGAACUUCGACAAGUUGAUAUAUGGGAAAACAUGACAGACGGGUACGUAUACAAGGACGACAUCAAUGAUGUUUUCACGGAAUUUUUCAAGAAAGGUGUGAAGUUAGUUUACAAAGGUCCGACUCCGAGAAUACUACGCGGAAAUGGAGCUCCGGAGUUGCUAGGAAGGGAAGAGAGUACGAAUUUUCCAGACGUGAUGCCAUUACAAAUUGCGAACGAGGGUAGCAUUCGAGAAUUGAAUCAAAGGCUCAAACAGAAAGGUCACAGCGAGAUUACAAUUGAGAGGUUUAGACCGAAUAUUAUUGUGCGCGGUGCGGACGAGACUCUAACCGACGACAAGGCGCCUGGAGCAUGGACAGAAGACUCGUGGAAGACGGUACGGAUAUUGAAUGGCGAGCAGUCAACCGGACUUACUUCGAUGAUCGGAGCUGGGAAUAAAGGAUUGGAAAUUGAUGUUCAGGCACGUUGCGCAAGAUGUCAAGUGCCAAACGUGGAUCCAGACACCGCAGAAAAGGAUCAGCACGAACCUUGGGACACAUUGGUCAGCUAUCGAAGAGUGGACGAAGGUAUUAAGUGGAAACCUUGCUUUGGUAUGCUCAGUGCUCCGAGGAACGAAGGGUCAAUUUCUGUAGGACUGAAAUUCGAGGUAGUGGAGACAACGGAAGAUCAUAAGUAUGUGAAAGGCUUUUAGGCUCUAUGAUGGAGAUGUCUAAUUCGAAUCCACGCCAUUGUUGCUCACCAGAAAAGAAGUACCAUUCACAGAUACAAUUGGGUGUUUGGCUAUGGAUAUGUUUUAUGAAGUUCGACCCGUCUAGGAGUGGCUGCCGUUGAUUGCUCAGGGGUAAGUGUACCAUAUUUCUUUUGGCGAGCAACCAAUUACUCAGCGUUAAAGAAGAGUCAGAGGCUUGGAACACCACGCUUCGGGUUGGAGAGUGGGAAAGUUAGCUUUAGGGCUGCAAAGACGCCACAAGAACCACUCCGGUCAAUAAGCUCAGAAUGGAC